UGAAGCCUCAGUAUUUCGCUAGCUGUCGCAAUGCGGUCACACUGGUUCGCGGACACAACAAGAUGGCGAGACUUGCCCCCGAAAUCUGUUAGAAAACGCCACAAGAGCAAAUAAUUAGUUGAGUUUUCGACCAGAAAAGAGUCCGCCGAAGUGCCGGGCAGACGCGGCGCAUUUUGCAGAGUGUGAGCUUGGCCAGCGUAGCCCGAGAGCCGCGACAGGCGACACCUUCGGCUGGCCUUGCCUUGUUGCUGUGCCCCUGUGUGCGUGAGCGUGUGCGGUGCGGUGCGAGUGUGUGUGUGGUCUGCCAAGAGUGAAGAGAAUCGCUGAGUUUCCAAGAUGAUGAGCAACUACGGCAACAUGAUGGACUCACCGAAGUCAUCGCCCCACGGCGGCGGCCGAUCACCCGUGGUGGCCCGUCAAGACUCCUCCGGCACCCUGAAAACGACCAUUUCGCUGGGCAAGACGCCCACGAUCAUUCACACGGGGCCAUUUUACUCCAUGAAGGAACCGCCCGCCAAGGCAGAACUUACCGGCGACAAGGAUCUCAUGACCGAGUACGGACUGCACCACACACUCACCAAGUUCAAGGAGAAGAAGUUCAAGGAGUCGCUGGCCUCGUUUCUGCAGAACAUCCCCGGCAUUAACGACCUCAUCACGCAUCCCGUGGAGAACAGCACGCUGCGGAGCGUGAUCGAAAAGCCGCCCAUUGGUGGAAAGGAGCUUCUUCCGCUGACCCCCGUGCAGCUGGCCGGAUUCCGCCUGCAUCCCGGACCGCUGCCGGAACAGUAUCGUACCACAUAUGUCACACCUGCGCGUAAACACAAAAACAAACACAAAAAGCACAAACACAAAGACGGCGUGACCACGGGACAGGAAUCCACGCUGCUCGACUCGGCCGGCCUGGAGACUUACGAGAAAAAGCACAAGAAGCAGAAACGCCAUGAGGACGACAAGGAGCGCAAGAAGCGCAAAAAGGAGAAGAAGCGUAAAAAGAAAAACCAGAGCCCCGAACCGGGCGUGGGCAUGCUGCCCGGUGGAGCGGGCUUGGGCGGAGCAGCGGGUGUAAUGGGAGCCACUAGUCUGGGAUCGCUGGGAGGAGGACCUGGUCCCGGGCUGUCCAGCCUUAGUGCCAGUAUGGGGCCUGGCGUUGUGGGGAACAUGAACAGCUUCUCCUCAUCGAUGCAGAUGCAGCAGCAACAGCAGAUGCCCAUGCAGCAACAGCAGAUGUCAAGUGGCGGUCUGCUGGGAUCUGUGCUGGGCACGAGCGGCGGUCCAGGUGGCGGCGGCGGAGGAGGAGGUGGGGGCGGCGGCGGCGGUGGGAGCCUGCUUAUGUCGCAGUUCUAGGCAGGAUCCUUUAGCAAAAUAGACUUGGCUCAUUACCUCUCAUCAGCAGACGCACCCCAAAUGGCAACAUAAAAUAAAACGCAGAGGGCCUCGGUCCUCUACAUGCAAUUUUCUCGA